UGGGAUUCCAUCGAAAGCGUUUUUGUUGUUUCAAAACACAAUCGUCUCUCUGCCGAAACUGCCCGACCGUAAAAAGUGCAUUUAACCAAACCCAAUCAGCGACCAAUUGACGAGAUCCCCGUGACCAUGGCCAAGAUACGACCCCUGGUGCCGGAGCUGGCCGAGGUGGCAAGGACGACGCUCGGCGAGGACUCCUCCGAGGUGGUCGCCAAGAUCGAGGCCCUGCGCACCUGGAUCAACGAGCAGAACUACCUGGAGGCGCGGACCGACGACCAGUUCCUGGUGGCCUUCCUGCGCUUCUGCCACUGGGACGUGGACGUGGCCAAGAAGCGGGUGCUCUUCUACUACACCUACAAGACAAAGGAGCGCGAGCUGCUCAAGAGCCGCCUGGUGGACGACAAGCUGCUCGAACUGGCUCGCUCCGGUAUCUUCGCCACAUUGCCCAACCCCAUCGGCCCCGGAGGGCCGCGCAUCCACUUCACACGCAUGGGUCACAUCGAGCCUUCCAAGCACAGCGUCAGCGACAUAUUCAGGUUCCACGCCUUCCGCGCCGAGAUCGAGCUCAACACGGACGACAACUGGAACGUGGCCGGCGUGGUGGAGAUCAUCGACUUCACCAAGAUCCCCUACUCCCUGCUGCUGCAGUUCGACCCGGGCAUGUUCAAGCGGAUGAACGCGUUCCUAGAGCACGGCAUCCCGACGAACCUGGUGGCCACCCACAUCGUGAACGCCUCCAGGGAGACCCAGUUCGUGCUGGGGCUGGUCCGGAAUGUCAUGAAGCAGAAGGAGCUGCUGCACAUCCACUCCAACAUCGAGUCCCUGCAGAAGGCGAUCGGCAAGGAGUACCUGCCCGUGGAGAUGGGCGGCGAGAACGGUGCCCUGGCGGAUGCGAUGGCGCGCUACGAGACGCAGCUCAACAGCUUCGCCGAGUACUUCAAGGAAGACGAGCGGUACGGCGUCGACGAGAAGCUGCGGGCGGCCAGCGAGAAGGAGCAGGCCGCUCCGCUGGUGCCCAGCGUUCCGAGCGACGGAACCUUCCGGAAGCUGAACUUCGAUUGAGGCGCUGGCCGGCAGCUAGUUGUAUAUUCUGAAGCACUUCCUAUAUGAACGCCCUCUGAGCACACAGCCCGGUCCACAAACAUAUAUACACUCUGGAAUGUAUAGACACUACAGCGCUAUCGCGAUCCUUGGUCAUAGCAGAACCUGAUAUUUUAUAAAUGCAACCACAAAAAACAUCGAAACUAAAAGCAAAUUGAACAAUAUGAUAAACAAGUGCACACUAAAACCAAUAAGAAGAAAAUGGAACGCCAUCAAAUGGCAUAAAAACCUCACAUUAUUUUCGAUUUUAAUUUAUUGUUGUCCUUAUCAACGCAAACGCACAUACUUAAACACAUUCUAACGUCCGGUCGCGAGGGAAACUAUGUAUGUCCAUAUGUAUAUUUAUGUACAUACAUAUAUACCCGCACGAUUCAUCCUACCAUGAUCCCAAAAUGCAUUUUUAUGAUGAAAUCCUAAACGUCUUCUACUUGCGUGCUAAGUUGUUGUUGGCUUUUAUUUUAUACAUACGGUACAUGAAUAUAUAUAUAUUUUCGAUAAUUUUUUUCCGUUGGUUAAGUGUCGUUUCUACUAAUUUUUGAUACUAGUUUACACAUAUACAUGCAUCUAUAUUUAUGGAUAAUACAUACAUAGUUAUAUGACUACAGUUAAAAGUGACAAUGUAUUGUAGACCCCAUGUUGAGUGCGUUAAUAAAUAAAGCGAAUUUGUUUAAAUGUCGGUACAAUUAUAACUUA